UGUUGGUUCUGUAAGUUGCAAGAGUAACGAAAGCCCAACAAACUCCAUACUUGUUCCUUUCUGUUUCGGACUUAACGCGAAAAGUUUCUUUUUCCCAACUAAACAACAUUCAAACCAAAAAGCAGAGCUCUCAGACAUCAGGUUGAAUGUACAACAUGAUGGAAACCGAUCUCAAACCUCCCGCCCCACAACAAACUUCGGGGGGAACAGGCAACUCGAACACGGCGGGAAACAACGCGAAAAACAGCCCGGACAGGGUGAAGAGACCCAUGAACGCGUUUAUGGUGUGGUCGAGAGGGCAGCGGCGGAAAAUGGCCCAAGAAAACCCCAAGAUGCACAACUCGGAGAUCAGCAAGAGGCUCGGGGCCGAGUGGAAACUUUUAUCCGAGGCCGAGAAGAGGCCGUUCAUCGACGAAGCCAAGCGGCUGCGAGCCUUGCACAUGAAGGAGCACCCGGAUUAUAAAUACCGGCCCCGGAGGAAAACCAAGACCCUGAUGAAAAAGGACAAGUACACCCUACCAGGCGGCCUGCUGGCUCCCGGCGCCAAUGCCAUGAACGCGGGAGUCGGGGUCGGCGUCGGGGCCGCGGUCAACCAGCGAAUGGACGGUUACGCUCACAUGAACGGCUGGACGAACGGGGGCUACAGCAUGAUGCAGGAGCAGCUCGGCUACUCCCAGCACCAGGGCCUGAAUGCUCACAACGUGGCCCAGAUGCAGCAGAUGCACCGCUACGAUAUGAGCGCUCUGCAGUACAACUCAAUGACCAGCGCUCAGACCUACAUGAAUGGCUCACCCACCUACAGCAUGUCCCCAGCCUACACACAGCAAAGCACAGGUAUGGCUCUGGGAUCAAUGGGGUCGGUGGUUAAAUCAGAGUCGAGCACAAGCCCCCCAGUCACUACUCACUCUCGGGGUCCGCCGUGUCAGGGGGACCUACGGGACAUGAUUAGCAUGUACCUGCCCGGAGCCGAGGUGCCCGAACCCACCGCUCAGAGUAGACUGCAUAUGCCCCAACAUUACCAGAGCGCACCUGUCCCAGGGACGGGCAUAAACGGCACACUUCCUCUAACACAUAUGUAAAACUGUAAACAAACAAAACUCAAAGAUCGGACUUCUUUGGACUAUUUUUGUACAGAAUAAUACUUGCAGAAAGAACUUGUAUAGAACUUGGAGAAGGGGGAGGGGGAUCUUAAUACUUUAAAACAACUAUAGUCCUAUGAUUCCUUGGUAGAAACUUUGCGAAAAGUUUGCAAAAGUCUUUGCCGGUAAUAUUUUAGAGCUAGUCUCAGAUAAGGAAAAAGAAGUUUUAUUAUACAUGCAACUUUUUUGUACAGUAUUUAUCAAGAGAAACGGCAAUCAAAAUGUCCAGAGUUUGUAAACUGAGAAAUUGCCAAUUUUUAUAACAGUUCGCAGGUGUAAGCUACUGUGCAUUUGCUCUUGUUAACACAAUGCAGCGGAAGGGAAAGGAAUAACUGGAAAUGGACAUUUUAAUUGAUCUGGUAUUAUUCGAAAGUGAAAUGAUUGAGUCUCCGAUUUUACGAACUGUUGUGUGGAGUUUUCACGAAAACGGGCGGAAUUUUAGAUUGUACUAAUUUUUUUUAUUCAUUGUUAAAAAGCAGCAAAAAAAAGGCCUGCAGGUCGAAAUCCUUGUUGAUUAAUUUAUAGUCAGUUUGUUUUUCAUAUUUUCAUCUUGUUCCGAAACUGAAAACAUGAAGUUACUGUGUUUGAAUUAUUUUCUUAUGGUUUGUAAUAUUUCUGUAAAUUUAUUGUGACAAUAUUUUAAGUUUUCUCAUUUUCCGUAGUGUAUUGUGCAACUCGGCUCUGUAUUAUUUGACUCAGUCUG